AUGAAACUCCUGACCACCAAGCCCUUCGCCGACGUCCCACCUCCAGGAAACCGUCUCCUCACCCCCGCUCUCAAACCCCUCCAGAGGCGGCUACGGGCGUGGUCGAGGAGGCCCGCGCCCGCGCUUGUUCUUGUCUGGAUGCGGAGACUAGUACCGUGGUUGUAA